AUGACUGAGAAGACGAUCACUGAACAGAUUUUGAUUCCGAACAGUGAAGUUGUUCACAAACUCAACACGAUAUUUUCCACAAACUUUUCCACGAAUGUUCUGAUAGGUGAUUUCCAGACUUGUUCAAAUGACAACGCCGAACAAAUAGCAAAGCAGUUAGCAACACUUGCAGUCUUUGUCUUUGAACCAGUUCCAAUGGCUGCAAUGGAAUAUUUGUCGUCAUAUCCUGAAGCCACUCAAUACCUUCUUUGCUCCAUUAAUUUGAUAGAGCCUGAUGUCAUCCAAAUUCAUUUCAAGACGACAGACUUGUUGGAGAAGGUCCGAUACCUCUACGCAAUUACGAAUUACAUCAAACAAAUCGAUUACCACUCCGCACAAUUCAGUUCCCCAUCCGUCUUUUUACCACGAAUGAAAGCACUGAGUUACUACCAAUACUAUAACCUCGAAAAUUCAUUCCAAUUCAUCGGACCAUUUGGAAAGACUCCCUUUGUCAUCCCAAAGAAUAAAUCAAAUGCCGUGUCUGACUUCUACGUCUCUGUAGAGUCUAAGGAACUCGUUAAGACCUUUGCGGAAGCACUCAAAGUCAUUCCUUUGGAGCUCAAAGCAUUGUUCUGUGGACUUCCAUUGUGUUGUGUCACAUCAGACUCAGUGCAUGUAUUUAGUACGGAAAUAACUCACCCGGAUCGAGUAACAAAGGCAAUGUUGUACUUCGCGAAGAAGAUCACUUUAAGAAACUCGAUCUUCAACACAAACCAAAUUGCAAAGAUGCGGUACUUGUGUAAGAAAGGUGCGGGGAUGUUCGCGACGAUCCGAAGAGCGUGUUUUCUCAAGGAAAUCAUCGUUGAAAUAAAUGUUGACCAAGUCGCCGUCAAUUUCAUUGGUAUCACAGAAGAGGCAAAUAAGGCCUCCGCACUUCUUAUUGCGGCAAUGAAACAACUUGACACGAAGACAUACGAAUGUGAAAUACCACUAUUGAAGUUCAACCAAAUACGAGGGUUUGACAAGAUGAGUGAAAUCGUUGUUCUUCCUGAACGUGUCCAAGAUGGAAAAGUCAAGAGCUUUGUAUUAGUCGGGAAGAAGCACUCCAACUUUGACUUGUUUGCAAAGGAAUUAAAGAAGUCCGAGAUUAAGACGGAUUCGCGGAAGGAUAGUUUCUAUACGAUGCUGAAAAUAUCAUCGCAACGAUGUAUUAAAGCAUUUGAAGUUGAAGGAUUGGAUCAAAUCACUUACUCUUUUAAUAACGCUCGAAUCAUAUAUCCACGAAUCGACCCAUUCACUUGUUUCUCAUAUUAUAACCCGACUUUACACUUGAAAUUGAAAUGUUCGAUUGUACCAACUGCCUUUUGUAAAGAGGACGUUCCUAAAGUUCUCUUUGCAACAUCGACGUCGGCGGGAUUUGAAGAAAUUGAUGUGAAUGAAAUCAUUCAAAUGAGUGUCUUAGAACCGUUUGAUCCACUCAAUGUCGACAAAACAACGUGGUUCAGAAUAUCGCAGAAUUUGUAUCAAAAUGUGUUUUCCAAUUAUCAAAUGACACUUGAGAAUUACCUCGACUUGAUCAAAACCAUCAACAAAGCCGUUGUCUCGCCAACACUCAAUAUGAAGAUCCACGCAGUCGUUGUAGUCAAAACACGAGACCAAAUCAAACCCAUCACUUCUUCUAUCUCUAACGUGUUGGUUGAGAUGCUUGCAAAGCAUCCGGAGUAUAUCAUGCACUCCGCGAUGAAGACGUGGACGUUCCAACCCGUCACUGUUGCCGAAUAUCCAUAUCAACCGUACUGUGCAAAGGAUAUCGACACGACUACAAUGACACAAGCGCCAGCAAUUGUAUACAGAAGUCUUCCACAAGUGACAUGUGGUGUGUUAUUAGACAAGAACUUCAAAGGGAUUACUACAGGCUCAUUCAUCCCAGAGAGUCAGUUAAUCUUCCGCUUCGAUUUCAAACAGAUCUUCGGGUGGUACCCCGACUUCUUCCAAUUCCACGCGAAGAAUAUGAUGCGACUGUAUAUGGAGCCCAGUGUCGAGACGGGGUCCGGCGUCAUAUCGAAAGACACCGAAUGCGAGAUGUAUUCCUUCAUCGAGAAGAUGUUGUGCGUCUUCAAUCGGAUGAUCAGUGACUUCGCAAAGGAGACGACAGACUACGAAGUCGCGCGUCAUAUCCUCGGGCAAUGCGGGACAGUCAAACAUGUGUAUUGGGACUGCUACGAUCCCGAUUUGGUAGACUUGAUCGACCAAGUUGGGUUUUCCAUGUUAUUCCACUUGACGUCAAUCGAAGUGAAAUUUCCUGAUAAGAUGAGAAAUGUGAUUGGAUUUUUAUUUACUGAAGAAAAGAGAGAGGAGGCUACAAGGUGGGUCGAGGCAGACAUUUUGGUGGAAAAGGAUGACGUGUACACAAAUCCAUAUAUGUUCUAUGCAGUUAAAACUCCACUUCAUAUCAUCAAAUAUUCGGUCGUGCCUGAAAAACCAAAGGAAGAAAAGAAGUAG